GCGUUGCCGUCGCCGCGCCUCCGCCGCCCGCGCGGAGCCGAUGCCGCCCCCUCCGCCGGGCCCUCCUCCGGCGGCCUGGCGCCUCCCUCCCUCCCCGCCGCGGUGACUCACGGAGCGGGAGGCGGAGGCUGAGGCGGCCGCUCCCGCUGCUGCUGCUACCGCCGCCGCGGCUGCUCGGGCUGAGCGCGCCCCGGAACAGGCCGCCGCGCGCCGCGCUCCGGACCCCCAGCCCCCGCCGGCCCGGCCGGGUCGGGCGGCCCAGGGCGGCGCCUGCUGUGCUCCCUGGCCACAGCCCUCUCCUCACAGUUGAGCACCUGUUGGCCUGAAGCUAAUCUCCAGGAGCAGGAGUCCCCGGAGCUGGGCCAGGGGGAUGAACCGCGAGGGCGCUCCCGGGAAGAGUCCGGAGGAGGUGUACAUUCAGCAGAAGGUGCGCGUGCUGCUCAUGCUGAGGAAGAUGGGCUCGAACCUGACAGCCAGUGAAGAGGAGUUCCUGCGCACCUACGCAGGGGUGGUCAACAGCCAGCUCAGCCAGCUGCCGCAGCACUCUAUCGACCAGGGUGCAGAAGAUGUGGUGAUGGCGUUUUCCAGGUCGGAGACGGAAGACCGGAGGCAGUAGCUGCAACCCCCUUGGAACACCCUGGAAGCCGUCAAGGGCCAAGAUCAGUGUGGCUCCUCGGCCAGCCGAGUGACAGGAGACCGCAUCCCCCACCUCCCCCAGCCCCCCUGCCCCUCCCCUGCUCCCCGCCCCACGGCCACUUGGCCACUCGGCGGGGCUGGCGUCCGGGAGACACCAGUGGUGCAUUUACGAUGGGCUAAGGACUCGUGAGGAAGAAACCUUUUUAUUUUUAAACCUUGACCAGUGGAAACCUUCCAUUUUUAUUUCUGACUCUUAUUUAAAAAAAAAAAAAAAUUGCGCCUCGGUAUCUGGCUUCCCAGGAAGCCCUCCGAGCUCUGGUGCUUUAUUUCGGUCGUUUUUUAGGAAUGUGAAGAGGUCUGAUUGGCUGCUUGAGCAGGGGCAGGGUUACGAUUGGCUGGGCAGUGGGCAGUCGCUUUUUCUGUCAUUGGCUGCAGGUGUUCUGAUAGCAGCAGCUUCUCUAUUUUGAAUGCAGAAAACAGGGUCUAGGACGUUGCUUGUUAUAUUUGACUUGAAAAAAAAAAAAAAAACACAGAAAACCAAGUGCGCUGUGCGAUGUUUAUUACACAGAGCUUGCUGCUGCCGUCACGGGCGGGUUUGUGUCUGAACUUGAUCAGCCUCUUGGUUUCCCAUCGGCUCUCCCGUGACUCCCAUUGCUGCAGAUUCACCCCCAGCCUGGGGGCUCCACCCGGAGAACGCAUUUGCUUUAGUGACCCCACUGCCGCCACCAGCAAAGGGGCCCCGAGGAGCUCGGCAUUGCUCUGAUCCAGCUGCCCAGAGCAUAGAGCUGGCCGUGGGGCAGGAGUCACACGCUUCGCCGCCAGCUGCCCUCCGUGACAGCGGGGUCACCCAGACACCGUCCAGGCCUCCAGAGGAGCUCCGGGCUGGGCAGCUCUGUCCUCUUGUCUGCCCCUGCUCAUCCCUCUACAGAGAAGGGGCUGCCCUGCACCGGGAGGCCGCACACACCCUGAGGGCGUGGAGCAGGGGUCUCUUACCUGGAGCCCCAAACCCCCAUAAAAGCCCCAGCCCCGGGAGACCGUGGUCCCGAACACCAACCUCUGACCUACCCAGCCAGCCUCCUCCAGUGUCCGCCGCUGUGCCGGCGGGUCCCGGGGAGCACCGGAGCUCCCCGCCGUGCACUGAGCUGCCUGCGGAAAGGCCCCUCUGCGUGUCAGCCUGCAAGGGAAGCGCGUGCUUUACGGAGUGUGCACCAGGCCUUCACAGAGGGACCCCUCCUGAAGGUGGCAGGGCCUCCCCCUUACCUCCCUGCAUCACUCAUGGGCUGGGGGGGCUGGAGAAAGGUGUGGGCCCGAGGUGGUGGGUGGCCGAGCCCCCUUUUUGGCCCAGCUAUCAGAGCCAGGAGGACACUCUGAGUGUCGCGUGUUGUCCCCCUUCACACUGCCUGGGGCUGUGGGCCUCUGUGGUUCCCGUGUGCCGGCGUGUCCUGGGCCGGUGCCCUGGCCAGCCUCCCCAUCCGUGCUCCCACGUCGUCAGUCUUGCUCCAGACAGAGCUAAGACCCUGCCGUGCACCACACGUGGGCCCCUGGUCCUCAGGAGUAGGCGGUUAACCUCCCAGGGCCACCGAUCCCCAGGGGACAAGGAGUUAGGGGCACAGGGGCAGCACCAGGCUAGGACCCUGGCAGGGCGCUGACAGCCUCUUCCUGCUGGGCAGUGCAUGUGAGCACACGCCCACACGUGUGCAAGGCACACGCCCAGCUCGAGGCCUGGUGCUGCAGCUGAGCCCCGGGGAAAGGUGGUUUUGCUCCGUCUCCCCCUGCCUGGGCCCUGGUGUCUGGAAUCAGGCACUGCUAGCUGCCCCCUCUUCACCUGUAGCUUCUGCACGGUGUGUUCUCUGCCCCAGCCUGUCCUUGUCACGGUCACGGGUCCCGCUCUAACAGUAACAACCCCGGCCUGUCUGCUGUCCUGGAGGGGACAAGCUCAAGUGUCACCGUGGCUUCAGAUUUCAACUGAAAACCUGUCUGUUGGGGGAAAGUUAGCAAUAAAGAUUUUUCACAGCUCG